AUGUCUCUCAAUCUUGAAAAGCAACUUCUCUUCUAUGGUUCUUACCACCAUAACCCUAUCAAUGUCGCUAUCCACAUUACUUGUGUUCCUCUGAUCCUCUUGACCGCUUUCCUCUUUUGCACCAACACUCCCGCCAUUCCUCUCCCCGAUGCCAUCACUAUCCCCAACUUGCCUGCCAAUCUAGGUACCAUUGUGGCUUCGCUCUACGCUACUCUCUACAUUCUUAUGGAGCCGGUCGCUGGAGGAUUGCUGGCACCCCUUCUGCUCUCCGCCACUGCCUACGCCAAUCACCUUACCUCGACCUACGGCAUGACCGCCAACUACUAUGCUCUCGGUCUCCACAUAUUUGCUUGGCUUGCUCAGUUCGUUGGUCAUGGUAUCUUCGAAGGCCGUGCUCCUGCUCUUCUCGAUAAUCUAGUCCAGGCACUCUUCCUGGCUCCCUUCUUCGUCUGGCUUGAAGUCCUAUUCUUCUUGGGUUACCGUCCCGAACUCAAGGCCAGACUCGAUCAGUCAGUCGCCAAGGAGGUUGCCAAGUUCAAGGCCUCAAAGACGUCGAAGGGUAAGGGCAAGGCCGAGACCAACGGCUCUGCCAACGGUUCAGCUCAUUGA